UUUAUUUUUUAGAUCUCAGAAGUCACCGGAGGUACCUGAACGCACCACGUCCAGAGCUUACAGUCUAUGGUGGAGACUGACUCUUCAGCAUUUAUUUAACGGAGAGUAGCGCCCCCAUGUGGACGAUAUGUGAGCUGCAUGACUGGGUCGUUUUGUUUUUCUCGGUCCGGAUAACUCGACAUAAACUUAACUUUGUAAAGUUUGCUGCGUCAUGAGUAACGGAGAAACUGUCGUGGUCACAGGUGAAGUAAAAACGUGUUUAUGAUUAUGAACAGGACACACAAACUUCUCGUGAAGAAGUUAAAAUUCGUGCUCUUUGUAAUCUGUUAUUCAGGCUUUGGACCUUUCAGGCAGUUUUUAGUGAACCCCAGUUGGAAGGCAGCACAGGAGUUGAAGUUGGUUGGACUCGGAGAGAAUACGGAUAUUUACAUCAAGGAGUUACCUGUUAGUUAUGUUAAGACUGAACAAAUCAUUGCUGAGAUUUGGAAGACUUUGAAACCAAAGUUUGCCGUCCAUCUGGGCAUAGCCCGAGGUUCCAGUGGCAUCAUCCUGGAGCAAACGGGGAAGAACUGCGGCUACAGAGACAAAGACGUGUGUGGCUUCUGUCCAAAGAGUCUCUGCUGUGUGGAGGGAGGACCUGAGAAGCUGGACUCGAUCGUUAACAUGAGAGCUGUCUCCAAGGCGUUUAGACAAGCAGGCGUGGAUGUUAUUUAUUCAAGAGAUGCCGGCAGAUACCUGUGUGAUUUUGCAUAUUACUGCUCUCUGUAUCACGGUCGGAGGAGGGCAGCCUUCAUCCACAUCCCCUCCACUGGCAGCCGGAGCUCAGCUGACAGAUUGGUACCUUUGCUGCAGAGCCUCAUCCAGACCAUGCUUGACCAGCUGGAGGAUCCUUCGGAAGCAACGCGAGAAGACAACGAGCAGCAGGCCCAUUGAGGU